GCGUGGGCACGACGCAGACGUCCCUCCCUCUGAUUGGUCGAGCCGGUCGUGUGGGCGUGGUGACGUGCACGCGCAGAGCAGUAGAGUAACGAGCGCGGCUCCAGCUUCUCUGUCUUUCCUGUCCAAUGUCCCAUCGAGCAGGCUGAGCCACGUGUCGAGCUGUUCAUUCCUCCAAACGUCCAUUCUUUCUUUCCUGAGACACUCAACAGCAUCAUGGUGAAGUUAGCGAAGGCGGCAAAUAAGCCAGUAACCCAGAAGAAGAAAGCCCCUCCACCCCCUAAAGAUGUGGAGGAGGAGUCCAGUGAAGAAGAGAGCAGUGAAGAGGAAGAAGAGGCGGCUCCCCCUAAAGUGGUGAAGAAAGCCACUCCAGCCAAAGCCGCCCCGAUCGUCAAGAACGGCGCUGCUGCCAAGAAAGCAGAAAGCGAGGAUGAUGAUGAAGAUGAGGAGGAUUCUGAUGAGUCUGAGGAAGAGGCCCCUCCUCCCAAGAAAGCAGCCAAGCCAACCAAGGCCCCAGCAAAGGCUGCACCUGCAGAGGAGUCCUCCGAGGAAGAUGAGGAGUCUGAAGAGGAGGCCCCACCUCCCAAAAAGGCCGCCAAGCCAGCUGCCAAACCAGCUGCCAAGGCUGCCAAAGAGGAGUCUGAAGACGACGAUGAUGAUGAAGAAGAUGACUCAGAGGAAGAGAUGGACACCGCUCCCGCUCCAGCUGCAAAGGCAAAGAAAGCCGGCAUGGUGAAGGCCAAGGAAGAGUCAGAGGAGGAUGAUGAUGACGAAGAUGACGAGGAGGAUGAUGAUGAGGAAGAUGACGCCCCGGUGACUCCUGGAAAGAGGAAGGCCGAGAGCAAAAAGGACACACCUCCUGCCAAGAAGGCAAAGGCAGAAGGCGAAGGUUUCUGUCUGUUUGUUGGAAAUUUGAACUCCAACAAAGACUUUGAAGAAAUUAAAGGAUCUCUGAGGAAGUUCUUCACCAAGAACGAUCUUGAGGUCGCUGAUGUCCGGCUGGGUGGAUCCAAGAAGUUCGGCUAUGUGGACUUUGCCACUGAGGAGGACAUGAACAAGGCGAUGGAGCUGAACGGCAAGAAGAUCAUGGGUAUGGAGGUGAAGCUGGACCGAGCCCGCAGCAAAGACAGCUCACAGGAGGGCAAGAAAGAGAGAGAUGCCCGGACACUCUUUGUAAAAAACCUUCCCUUCUCUGCGACCCCCGAUGACCUGAAGGAAGUCUUUGAAGAUGCGGUCGAUGUCAGGUUACCUCAAGGCCAGAACGGUUCAAACAGAGGCAUUGCCUACAUUGAGUUCAAAUCUGAGGCCGAAGCUGAGAAGAUGCUGGAGGAGGCUCAGGGAGCUGACGUGCAGGGACGAUCCAUCAUGGUCGACUUUGUUGGAGAGAAGAGCCAGAAGGGGGCUAAAGUGGCAGUGGCUGCAGGAGCUGCGAGCAAAACACUGGUAGUGAACAACCUGGCCUUCAGCGCCACAGAGGAGGUCCUACAGUCAACAUUUGAGAAGGCUGUUUCCAUCAGGAUCCCACAGAGAGACGGCAGGCCCAAAGGUUUUGCUUUUGUAGAGUUCGAGAGCACAGAGGACGCUAAAGACGCGCUGGAUAACCUCAACAACACAGACAUCGAAGGCCGGUCAAUCCGCCUGGAGUACAGCCAGAACAGCGGCGGCAGAGACGGGGGCAGAGGAAACUCAGGUCCAACAAAAACCCUCUUUGUGAAGGGACUCUCUGAGGACACAACAGAUUCAACCCUGAAGGAUUCGUUCGAGGGUGCCUCAGCAGCCAGGAUAGUCACAGACAGAGAAACCGGAGCAUCUAAAGGCUUCGGCUUCGUGGACUUUGACAACGAGGACGACUGCAAGGCUGCAAAGGAAGCCAUGGAAGACGGCGAGAUCGACGGUUACAAAGUCACCCUGGACUACGCCAAGCCCAAGGGUGAAGGCGGCUUCCGUGGAGGCCGAGGCGGCGGCGGAUUCGGAGGUGGAUUCGGCGGCCGUGGCGGCGGCAGAGGAGGUCGCGGUGGAUUCGGAGGCGGCGGCUUUGGCGGACGUGGUGGCGGCGGCGGCAGAGGAAGGGGAGGUCCUCGUGGAGGUGGACGUGGUCGUGGCGGCUUUGGAGGUGGAAGAGGUGGCGGCGGAUUCGGAGCCAAACCUCAGGGGAAGAAGAUCAAGUUUGAUGACUAACUCUUAGUCUGUUUUACUUUUCGAAUGGACUCUGGUUUCAUCACUUUUCAGAGCUUUUGGACAUUCCAGAAAGCGUCAUUGAUAUAUAUUUAACUGUUAACGGGCAUUUUAGCCCUUAAUUUAGACCCUUCAAACCUCUCCCCACCUCCCUGUGCCAGACUGGUACCCCUGACCCUUCAGCUAAGUGCUACACGUGAGCACUGAAUGUCCCUUAUUACAGACCUGCACCCCUCACCCUUGUUAGCUUACUUGCUUUUCCGAAGGAGUUAAAUGGAAAGGGUCUGGCAAACAAGUUUGCUGUGAAAAAAUCCGCUCGUCUUUGUCAGAUACAUUGUGUAAAUUUAAACAGUUUGUAUGAUUUUCAUUUUACCUUUUGUAAAAAAAAAAAUACACUUGUAUCCAUAUGUUUUUGUUUUUACUUUGUUUGUCAUUUAGUUUGCUUUAGGUGCCAAGUUUUACUGUAAUGUGCAAAGCAUAUUUUGAUAGAAGAUUUGAGUCAGUGCUCUAGAGUUGGAUGUUAAGAAAAAGGCAAAGAUGUUCUGUCAUGUUUGUUUGAUGGGGCACAGUCAGUGUCUGAGUCACAGAGGAUGAAAUACCUCUCGUCUAUGUAACAUAAAAUAUUUGUAGUGCAUUGACUAAUUUUGUCCCAUCUGAGAAUCCCAAGAUUUUCACGUUGCAAAAUAAAAUCUUGUAGGUGGUGAUUUUUAAA